UCCUCCAGGACACCAUGGCUGUGGGGAGUGAGCUUCAGGGCCUGAAGGUAAAGCAACUCCAUGUGGGCGGCCUGCCCCCCAGCAGUAAGGAGGAGGUUCCUCAGGGUCUGGUCGGCUGUGUCCAGGGGCUGUGGCUUGGCUCAACACCUUUGGGGUCCCCAACCCUGCUACCUCCCACCCACCGAGUGAAUGUGGAGCCGGGCUGUGUCGUGACCAACGCCUGCGCAUCGGGACCCUGUCCACCUCAUGCUGACUGCCUUGACCUCUGGCAGACCUUUUCCUGCACCUGCUGGCCAGGUUACUAUGGCCCAGGAUGUGUGGAUGUGUGUCUCUUGAACCCGUGUCAGAAUCAGGGGUCCUGCCGGCACCUCCCAGGGGCUCCCCAUGGCUAUACCUGUGACUGUGUAACUGGCUAUUUUGGUCACCACUGUGAACACAGGAUGGACCAGCAGUGUCCUCGGGGAUGGUGGGGGACCCCAAACUGUGGGCCCUGCAACUGUGAUGUCCACAAGGGUUUUGACCCCAACUGCAACAAGACGAAUGGGCAGUGUCACUGCAAGGAGUUCCAUUACCGACCUCGGGGCAGCGACUCCUGCCUCCCAUGUGACUGCUACCCGGUGGGUUCCACCUCGCGCUCGUGUGCACCCCAUAGUGGCCAGUGUCCCUGUCGCCCAGGAGCCCUUGGCCGCCAGUGUAACAGCUGUGACAGUCCUUUUGCAGAAGUGACGGCCAGUGGCUGCCGAGUGCUCUACGAUGCCUGCCCCAAGUCCCUGAGAUCUGGUGUGUGGUGGCCUCAGACCAAAUUCGGUGUCUUGGCCACAGUGCCUUGUCCCCGGGGGGCCCUGGGUGCUGCUGUGCGGUUGUGUGAUGAAGACCACGGAUGGCUGGAGCCUGACCUUUUCAACUGUACGUCCCCCGCCUUUCGAGAACUCAGCCUGCUGCUGGAUGGUCUAGAGCUGAACAAGACGGCACUAGAUACGGUGGAGGCCAAGAAGCUAGCUCAGAGACUACGUGAAGUGACUGGCCAGGCCGACUACUACUUUAGUCAAGAUGUCCGCGUCACUGCCCGCCUGCUGGCUUAUUUGUUGGCCUUUGAAAGCCGUCAACGGGGAUUUGGCCUGACCGCCACACAAGAUGCCCACUUCAAUGAGAAUCUACUGUGGGCUGGCUCUGCACUGCUUGCUCCAGAGACCGAGGACUUGUGGGCAGCCCUGGGGCAGCGGGCCCCCGGGGCCUCCCCUGGCAGCGCAGGACUGGUACAACAUCUGGAGGAAUACGCAGCCACACUGGCGAGGAACAUGGAACUCACUUACCUGAAUCCCGUGGGGCUAGUGACACCCAAUAUCAUGCUCAGUAUCGACCGCAUGGAACACCUUAGUUCUGCACAGAGUACCCAUCGCUACCCUCGUUACCACAGCAACCUUUUUCGGGGCCAGGAUGCCUGGGAUCCUCAUACCCAUGUGUUACUGCCUUCCCAAACUCCACGGCCAUCCCCAUCCCAAGUUCUGCCCACAGGAAGCAGCACAGAAAACUCCAGUGUCUCCAGUGUGGUCCCCCCACCGGUUCCCCCAGAACCCGAACCGGAACUCGGCAUCUCCAUUGUCAUCCUCCUCGUGUACCGCACCUUGGGGGGUCUGCUCCCUGCCCAGUUCCAGGCUGAGCGCCGAGGUGCCAGGCUGCCCCAAAACCCUGUAAUGAACUCUCCCGUGGUCAGCGUGGCUGUGUUCCAUGGACGCAACUUCUUAAGGGGUGUCCUGGAGUCCCCCAUCAGCCUUGAGUUCCGCCUGCUACAGACAGCCAAUCGGAGCAAGGCGAUCUGCGUGCAGUGGGACCCACCUGGCCCGGAAGAGCAGCAUGGCAUGUGGACAGCGCGGGACUGUGAGCUGGUGCACAGGAAUGGGUCCCAUGCCUGGUGUCGCUGCAGCCGGACAGGCACCUUCGGGAUUCUCAUGGACGCCUCUCCACGUGAGCGGCUGGAGGGCGACCUGGAAUUGCUGGCUAUAUUCACGCACGUGAUCAUAGCCGUGUCAGUGGCUGCCCUGGUGCUGACAGCAGCCCUCCUACUGAGCCUGCGCAGCCUCAAGUCCAAUGUGUGUGGGAUCCAUGCCAAUGUUGCAGCAGCCUUGGGGGUGGCCGAGCUCCUGAACCAAAGGAUACACAGACACUGCUGUCUGCUAGGCCAGAUGGAGCUACACAAGCGAGACUAUCACGUGGAAAGACCCUUGCUGAACCAAGAGCAGCUAGAGACACUGGGACACAGGAGCUCAGCACCUAAGACCCGCCAGUGGCAAACUUGGUUUCAAUGCUCUCGAUCUCGCGCCCGUGCCUUUUUGCUCCAACAUCUUCCAGUCUUAGCUUGGUUACCCCGCUAUCGGGUGCGUGACUGGCUCUUGGGUGAUCUCUUAUCUGGCUUGAGUGUGGCCAUCAUGCAACUCCCACAGGGCUUGGCGUAUGCCCUCCUGGCUGGAUUGCCCCCUGUGUAUGGCCUCUACAGUUCCUUCUACCCCGUCUUCAUCUACUUCCUCUUUGGGACUUCCAGACAUAUCUCUGUGGGGACCUUUGCUGUCAUGUCUGUCAUGGUGGGGAGUGUAACAGAAUCUCUGGUUCCGGAUAACGGCUUCUCAAACGGGACAGACAGUGACAGUCGUGUGCAGAUCGCCUCUACACUGAGUGUCCUGGUCGGCCUCUUUCAGGUGGGGCUUGGCCUGGUCCACUUCGGUUUCGUAGUCACCUACCUGUCGGAGCCUCUGGUCCGCAGCUAUACCACGGCUGCAUCUGUGCAAGUGUUCAUCUCCCAGCUCAAGUAUGUGUUUGGCAUCUCUCUGACCAGUCGCUCUGGGCCACUGUCCCUCAUCUAUAUGCUGCUAGAGAUCUGCUCAAAACUGCCAGAGACCGUGGUGGGCACGGUGAUCACCGCAUUGGUGGCUGGAGUGGUGCUUGUGUUGGUGAAACUAUUGAAUGACAAACUGCAGCGGUAUCUGCCCCUGCCCAUACCUGGAGAGUUGCUCACGCUCAUUGGGGCUACAGGCAUCUCUUACGGUGUGGAACUGAAGAAAAGAUAUGGGGUGGAUGUUGUGGGCGAUAUUCCUGCAGGGCUGAUACCUCCAAAAGCCCCCAAGCCUGAGCUGUUUGCACAGCUCGUGGGGAAUGCCUUUGCUAUUGCUGUAGUUGGAUUCGCCAUUGCCAUCUCUCUAGGGAAGAUCUUCGCCCUGAGGCAUGGUUACCGCGUGGAUAGCAACCAGGAGCUGGUGGCUUUGGGCCUCAGUAACUUCAUUGGGGGAUUCUUCCAGUGUUUUCCCGUGAGUUGCUCUAUGUCUCGGAGCCUGGUCCAGGAGAGCACUGGAGGCAACACACAGGUUGCAGGGGCUGUAUCUUCCCUUUUCAUCCUCCUCAUCAUCCUCAAACUUGGGGAGCUCUUCAAAGACCUGCCCAAGGCAGUCCUGGCAGCUACCAUCAUUGUCAACCUAAAAGGCAUGAUGAUGCAGUUUUCUGACAUAUGCCGGCUCUGGAAGACGAAUCGAAUGGAUCUGCUCAUCUGGCUGGUGACCUUUGUGGCUACCAUUCUGCUGAAUCUGGACAUUGGCCUGGCGGUUGCAAUAGGCUUCUCUCUGCUGCUUGUGGUGGUCCGGACCCAGCUGCCUCACUACUCUAUCUUGGGGCAACUUCCAGACACGGAUGUUUACAGAGACGUGACAGAGUACUCCGAGGCCAAGGAGGUCCCAGGUGUGAAGGUCUUCCGCUCCUCAGCCACCAUGUACUUUGCCAAUGCAGAGCUCUAUGGCGAUGCCCUAAAGAAGAAGUGUGGUGUGGAUGUGGACCAUCUCAUCGCUCAGAAGAAGAAGUUGCUGAAGAAGCAGGAGAAGAAGUUAAAACAACAGCAGAAAGAUCAGAAGUCUCAGAAAAAGGCUUCCCGUUCCAAAGGCACGUCGGUUUCCAUCAAUGUUGACACCAGCCUUGGAGAUAUAAAGAACAAUGAUGUAGAAGGCUCCAGAGCCAAGGUGAACACAGGGGACGAGAUAGAAGAUGUAACAGUCAACGAUCAAGAAACUACCAAGACCCCCAAUGUGUCCACACUGAAGUCCCUAGGUCUGCCUCAGCCAGACUUCCACACUCUUAUCCUGGACCUGGGCACACUCUCUUUCGUAGACACUGUGUGCAUCAAGAACUUAAAGAAUAUUUUUCGUGACUUCCGGGAUUUGGAGGUGGAGGUGUACCUUGCGGCCUGCAACAGUCCCGUGGUGGCCCAGCUUGAGGCUGGGCAAUUCUUUGAUGCUUCCAUCACAAAACAGCAUAUCUUUGUUUCCGUCCAUGAUGCUGUGACUUUUGCCCUUCAACACUCCAAACCUGAUUCCAUCACUUCCACUUUCGCCACCAAACUCUGAACAUGCUGCUACCCAGCCCACCACUGCCUACCUCGGGAAAUUGGAACUGGUCAUUGGUGAGAAACUCUCCUGCCUCUUGGCCAGGUCUAGGUGCCACCCAGAAGAAUCCUCCAUGAACAAAAACAUCAUAACUCAGGGACAGAGAGCCUGGAAUUCUGCAAUCACUGCUGCAGGCCUGGGACAGGGCGCUGAAGUCAAGCCGGUCUUGGCUGGAUUACAGGGAGCAAGCAGUCCCUAUUUUCAGCACCAGAAAUAAAGACUUAUGU